CUAUAGGCUCAUGCGAUGUUAAAAAGGACUUUCCAUCACCAAAAAGGAGAGAGUGAUAUUGGGACCUCAGGGAUGCCGUCAGAAUCAGGAAUCACGGGCACUGUUAAAGAAACCAAAUCGGAGGUGCAGAUAAGAGAACUGUUUGACGAGUUUGAGUUCGAGACUCCAUCACCUCAUCAUCCGGACAGCCCGGUAUGCGCCUCGCCUGCGCCGAGCGACAAACAAGCCGACAGACUGCAGAAGAAGAAACCUAAGAAACAACCCACACCGUCUCCAGAACUUGUGAAAGCUCAGAUCAGACUCAGCCAGCUGCAGGGGCAGGUGCACAACAAAUCGCGGGAACUGGACGAGUUGAGGCAGGCCAACCAGGAGCUGACGUACGCCAUCAAAGUCAAGGAGGACAAACUGUCCAACAAGCGGCCCACUUACAGCGCUCUCAGUUUGAAAGGUUUCCAACGGCAACGCCAGGAGUUGACCGCCGAGCGGGACCUGGCCCUGGCCCGCCUGCAGGAGGCCGUACAGCGAGCUUGUCUUGCCGAGCAGCUCGCUUCAGACGCCGUCAGAGAUCGCGCGGAGGCCAUCGGAGAAAAAGAAAAGUUAACGGAAGAACGAGACUACGCUACGAAGCUGUACGAGAGUCUGCGAAGGUCUGUGGAUGUGGAAGACUCGGAUUUUCCGCUGAGCAUUCGGAAAACAGUCGACAGACAGGUUCAGACGUACCUGUCUUUAGUACACAGACAAGGCGGUGCCUUCAACAUGAUGUUUCAGGGCGGAGGGGCUGAUGGGAUAGCUGAGGUGUCCUCAGGGAAUCGUCCUACUACUAAAGUUGUCCAAAAGACAUCGUAUACAAACGGACGUGGCAGCGUGAAAAACACUGAAACAAAGAACAAGGAUUGGGCAAAUUUUGAGUCGUCAGCGAAGGAACAUGGGACGGCAGAAACCGGUGGCGGUGAAGCAAGUGGGGAGACCACUCACCCAUGGCUGGUUUCGGCGGGAAAGGGACACGGUGUGCGGGUUAUGAGCCCCCAUCCCGCCGAGUACAAGUCGAUGUUACGCGGCAACGCUCAGCCUAGAGUUAUGUUUCGGAGCUUCCGUAGUAACGCCACAUAGCCAUCCGUCGUAACGUUUUGAUAUUGAUCUAAAGACAUAAUCAUGUAUAUGAUGCGUUUGAACACUCUGCAUGCUUAUUUACAUGUACUACUGAACUUAGAAUACAAACAUGUCAUGUUGUUGUAAAAAUCCGCCCGAUAUCUUUAAGUAAAGUAAGCAGGUUCUUAGAAACACUUGUAUAUGAGCACUCUUUUAUUAAGCAUUCUGCUGUUAAGAAAAGGAGUAUGGCGGUGGUGGGGGUUGGCUGACUCGACGUCUUAUAACCUCGUCGGUACCAUUAUCCAAAAGUGAACCGGCAAGCCAAUGAAUCUACUUUGUCAACCCAAUUAGCAAGGACACCAACCACGGACAAUCAUGUAACUUCUAGGACUGCUAGAACAUGUGAUUAUAUACACUACCAAGGUAUAUAAUAAAAAUGUUUAACAAGAAGAAAGUUAGCAAGAUGCAAUUGCAUGAAAGUUAGUAAAUGUGUCACCUUCUACCUGA